UUCUCUUUUCAAACAAAUCAAUAACAACAUGCUUUCGAGUCUCAUCUGCUUCUAAAGCGCAGACGCAUGUCAACAGGUGUUCAAAUAAUGAUUUUUGCAAAGCGUAGGUUUCCAUCACGAAGAUGCUAGCUCCAUAGAUGGAGAAGUUGGCUAAGCAAUUAAAAUGACAGAAAAUGAAAAGAUGAAAGUGAAAUAAAGAUUACCGUACUUGCAUAUAGUGCCUGUUCACAAGAUCAACUUCUGGCCCACAAUGACUGCAACGAAAUUAAAUAUAAAUUAUCCACAAAUUUAACUUGAACUUUAUACUACAUUAUGUGUUGAUAUUCUGGACGGAAAAUAAAAAUUUCUGGGGGCCAGAAAGGGAAUAGAAGACCAAAGUUGUCGAAGAUGAAACAGAAAUCUAAACAGACAAACAUACCUAACUAUCGUGGGAAGACUUCAGGUGCUGCAGGGAUCAUUACAAGCUACUGUGCACAACUUAAGACAUUAUGGUCAAAUGGCUACCCGUGUUACUGGACUUGAGUCUCUAGCCAGUUGGUGCCAGAGGAUCCUAUUUUUGGUCUACAGUCGUGUUCAGGAGUUUGUACAGGGGGGAUUUCAUUACCCAGAAGCAAUGGAAAAAGUGAGGUGUUUGGAAACGCAGAUGCAACAGCUUAUGGCAGAAAAGGAAGCUCUUGAGAAGAGCCUUGGUAAACAUCAGCAGUUGUCAGGGCAUCCUUGUUCAAGAUGGGUAUGCAAUCACUGUCAGCUGGUAGCAGACAUGACACAAGAUACUUCUUGCAUAUCAUUUAUUGUUUCUGGUCAUGCUCCAGCAGCAGCACCACCACCGCCACCACCACCGCCACCGCCACCACCACCACCACCACCACCACCACUACAUAGGUUCACAGGCAGAUCAUUCAAAUCAAUGAAUAUUUCUCAGGAACCUAACUGCUCAACAGCUGGAAAGCAGGGAAGAAAGAAAACCGAUGCACGACCUCUCAUCACAGCAGAAGAGCUGCAGAGUGUAAAGUUAAGAAAACCAGAAGAGAGGGUCUUAAAACCAUCAGCCGGCACAGAUGAGAAUGUCAAACCAACUGUACUGCUGACAGUCCUGCAAAGACCUGUGCUGAGGAAAGCACUAUCAGAUGUCUUCAUUGGUGGCAAAGAAAACAUGGUACCCAUAUCACUUGAAGAUGUUGCACGUCAGAAGCAACACUUGAAAAAAACUGGUGUAAAAAGGAGCCCAGGGGGAACACCAAUGCUCAACAGAAAACGAAGACGAGAAUCAGGGCAGGGUCUGACACCCAUGAUGACAAGGGCACUGCGUCUGAAAUUUCAGGGCAAGACACUGUCAGUUUCUUCUAGUUCGGAGCCUAGUCCGACAUCAAGUCCUGAUUUCAGCAGUUCAGCUGCUGAUUCUUCAUUUUAAUUUUGGAAAUUGCUUGCAAACACCAAGGUCUCUGUAAUUAAUCUUUACAGAGACAGUUUAUAUCAUAUUUUAGGUGUGUGUCAAACAACUGGUCAAACAGUAAUGGCAACAAGACACAACAGUACGUUGUUUAUCAGGAAGAAGACUUUCUUAUCCCUUAAUAACGGUAUUGCCAGAGAUGUCUAUUCAGAAAGAAUAGACCGUUUACAGAAUCACUGCUUUACGGUUGCAUGCUUGCAUUGUUUCUGUACCAUCUUAUUGUAGACUUGUUCCCAUCCUUGCUGUGAUCACAUUCUUGUUUCAUUGUUAUUGCUUUUUCACUUCAUUGUUAUUGCCUUCAUGCUUUGUUAUAGAUUUAUAUGCAUCUAUUGAACAACUGCUUGCUUGUUGUAGACUUGUUCAUGAAUGCAGGUUCUCUCUUGCUUUCUUCAUUCCAUUUUCUUCUUCCCAUCCCCCUGAUUCUGUUAGUUUUAUUCUUGAAUAUAUCAGCAUUGCUGUGGGUGCCUGUGAUAAUAUGUAAGAAGUAUGGGUAUUGUGAUUAAAUGCACUACAGUUUUGUUUUGAUAGCAGGAGCACUAUCUAUUAUUGCACAGUUUUCUAGUCACUAUUUCUAUGUUUUGUUUCUUUUAGACAUCAGUGAUCUUAGGAUGAGAGUAGAUAUAAAGAUCAUUUCCUAACUUUUGGUUGUUAUGGAGUAAGGUGUUAGAGACUGCACUUUCCUCAGAGUCAGCUUUUUCUGUUCCUUGCUGCCUUACCUUUCCCAACCCUUUGAUGAGUAUGGCACUGAUUUCACAGCUGGGUCUGCUGGGAGAAAGAAAUUUUCCUUUGCUGCAUGGGUUUCUAAAGGGCUGUUGUGCAUGUCUCCAAUCUCAGAUGCCAGUGCUGUAACUUUUCUGCUGUCUGCUUCUGGCAGAGAAUUGCUGUUAUGUUCUAGUUUUGCAGCCUUUGACUUUCAGAUGUCCUUGGAAAGCAAUCCUAGCAAUAAUUCUUUUCAUGUCCC